CUUUACAAAACAGAGGUUUAUUCUUUGCCUGCUAUAAAUAUCAAUGAAUUAUUUAUAAGUGGUAACACUAAGGUUAUUAAUGCCAUUUUAAAAGAGCUUAAAAUAGAUAUAUUGACAACUAAAUUCAUGCAAGAGAUCAAACUCAUGGUAGAGGACCAACUAUCUCUGACAUAA